GGCGAAACCAAACAUCAACUGGCAGCGAAGCCAUAAAUAUCUUCAUCUGGUCGUUCAAACCCUCUACUGAUCUCUCCUUGUUCAUCCCUAGUGCCACCAUCACCGCUAAUCCACCAUGGCCAACUACAAGUUUGAGGGCUGGCUGGGCGACAAACCGGAGUCGGCCGGCGGCCAAAUGCAAUGGGGCGCGUUUGAACCUAAAACAUGGACAGAGGAUGAUGUUGACAUCAAAGUCACCCACUGCGGCAUUUGCGGUUCUGACCUUCACAUGCUGCGCUCUGGCUGGGGCCCAACAGACUAUCCUUGCUGCGUCGGGCAUGAGAUUGUCGGCACCAUUGUGCGUGUAGGUAAGAAUGUCAAGCAGCACAAGCUGGGUGACCGCGUUGGUGUUGGCGCCCAAGCGCGAAGCUGUAUGCAGGCAGACUGCCCUGACUGCUCCGUCGGCCAGGAAAGCUAUUGCAAGCGCUCCAAUAUCCACACCUAUGGUUCUGUCUUUCCCGAAGGUGGCAAGUCCUAUGGCGGGUACGCUGAUUACCACCGCGUGAACCAGCACUUCGCCAUCAAGAUCCCCGACGCGAUGCCAUCCGAGCACGCCGCACCCAUGAUGUGCGGCGGUAUCACUGUCUACUCGCCGCUGAAGAACCAUGGAUGCGGCCCUGGCAAGUCCGUUGGCAUUGUUGGUGUCGGCGGUCUGGGUCACUUUGCCGUCAUGUUUGCAAAGGCCCUUGGGGCUGAUAAAGUAGUUGGUAUCUCGCGUCGGGCCGCCAAGCGCGAUGAUGUAUUAAAGCUGGGUGCCGAUGAAUACAUUGCAACUGCGGAUGAUAACGAUUGGGCGCAAAAGCACGCUGGCAGCUUGGACUUGGUUGUCUCUACAGUCUCGGCUACCAAUAUGCCCAUGAAUGAGUAUUUGGGUCUAAUCAAGACUGGCGGCACAUUUGUGCAAGUUGGGGCCCCCGACAACGGAGAGCUACCACCAAUUAAUAUCUUCACCCUUUUGGUUAGUGCAGUGAAAGUCACGGGCAGCGCCAUUAGGCCACCUGCACAGAUCAAGGAGAUGCUCGAUUUCGCUGUUGCGAAGAACAUAGUUCCCUGGGUAGAGAAACGUCCAAUGGCGGAGGCAAACAAGGCCAUUGUGGAUAUGGAAGGAGGCAAUGCGCGCUACCGAUAUGUUCUCGUCAAUGAGAAGCAUCUCUAG